CCAGCUGGCCGGGGCCCCGCUUUACUCCCGAGCAAUACCUGCAAUCGAGGUUUCCUCCCCAGGAGAUAGCAGCCUGUGAGCAUGGCUCAAGCGUUUGUGAACAGCAAAAUCCAGCCUGGGAAGGUAGUUGUGUUCAUCAAGCCCACCUGCCCCUACAGCAUAAGGGCCCAGGAGCUCCUCAGCCACUUGCCCUUCAAACAAGGGCUUUUGGAAUUUGUCGAUAUCACAGCCCACGGUGACACCAGCGAGAUUCAAGAUUAUUUGCAACAGCUCACAGGAGCCAGAACGGUACCUCGGGUCUUCAUCGGUCAAGAGUGCAUAGGUGGAUGCAGCGAUCUAGUAAAUAUGCAUGAGAAAGGGGAGCUGUUGACACGGCUAAAGCAAAUUGGAGCUCUACAAUAAUUAUAGGCCUCCCUCUGCUGUGGCCUCUCCCGUCGCAGAGCACAGGCUCCGGACGCGCAGGCCCAGCGGCCAUGGCUCACGGGCCCAGCCGCUCCGCGGCAUGUGGGAUCCUCCCAGACCGGGGCGCGAACCCGGUUCCCCUGCAUCGGCAGGCGGACGCGCAACCACUGCGCCACCAGGGAAGCCCCUUCUGUAAUCUUAAAACAUCACGCUGUAUUGUAGUUAAUCAUCUGUACUGGUCUCUUGCCAUAUUCAGAAAUACUCAAAGGCAGUAGCCUCGACGUAAAAACCUUCAUAUGCCCAGUUUCUAGCACAGAGGUUCUAUUUUAUCAAAGCAAUACAUGCAUGUGGUUUAAAAUGUCAAACUACACUACAACACUACUCCACCCCUCCCAAACCCCAGUCCUGGCCACACAUUUAUCAGUUUCAUAGGUAUUUAAGCUAUUUAGAAAUACUGUAAAAUGUAUUAGACAUAUAUAAGAAUAUAUAGAAUGCAUGGUUCUAUUUAAAUGAACACCCAUGUACCUGUUUCCAAAGUUAAGAAGGAAAGCACCCAUAUAACAGCUUGCUUCCAGAGUACUGAUAAAGCACCUUAGAGGCCCAGGACUUCCCUGACGGUCCAAGAUCCCACAUGCCAAAAGAUAAAAAAAAAAGUACUGUAGAGGCCCAUGUGCCCCCUCCCAAUGUAUAUCCCAUUCCUCCCUUCACAGAGAUGAUCUCUAGUUCAUUUUGUUGUAAUCAUUCUGAUCCUUUAUAGUUUUACUUCCUACAAUAUCCCUCAGCAAUACAUUUUAGUUUUGAAGAGCAAUAGCAAACACCAACCUAGCUGUGUAAGGAAAGGGCAAUAUUCUCACCAUCAGAUGAAGGGCCCCAGGAGAAGAUAAGCUGAACCGAGGCUCUGAGUCAUAGAUUAGCUUCUGUUUCCGUGGGAGUUUACCAGAGGGGUAUUCCCAAAUGAGUCUUUGGAAACACUGGGCAACCCAUGGCUGGGGAGGUUAUUGUAUGAACAGGUACUCGGCAUCCCCCAGAAAUGUGUAAUGGAAAUGGGCUGCUCUGCAUUUUCGGCUUCCAUGGCCAUCCUCCAGCUUUCAGGAACAGGUCCAAGCACACCACGUCCAUAGCAGUGUGGCAAGCCCAUACCCCCUCAACUAGCCAAGGUUGUGUCAUGGAGAACAGAAAUGUCAUCAGCACAAGGCACACUAAGUUCAGAUAAUGAUCUGCUUCAGGCUCAUUUAAGCAUUCUCACCUCAAGUUAAAAAAAAAAAAAAAAGACAACGGUUGAGCUCUCAACAUGGGGCAUUUCACUGCUCCAAUCUGGACUGUUUGCUGUCCACGUCAGAGCACAGCCCUCUUCCUGCGAUCUCCCUUCACUGUCAUCCUGGGGAUUCCAUUGCUCUCUAUCCUGAGUUGGAUCU